AUGGAGAAAGAACUAAAAUUUGAUGCGAUUGGAGUUUUAGACUUCGACCACUGGACCGACGCCAAAAAGUUUUCCUACUCUCCUCCUUUGUUAGGCCCCAACGAUAUCGAGUUGAAGAUUGAAGUUUGCGCUGUGUGUGGAUCGGAUAUCCAUGCUGCAAAUGGUGAUUGGGGUCGCACGUACACACCUCUUGCUGUGGGCCAUGAAAUUGUAGGUAACAUUACCGCUCUUGGGGACAAUGUAGACAAAAUAAAGUUCAAUUUAGGCGACAGAGUGGGGGUAGGAGCUCAAAUAAACUCAUGUGGUAAAUGCUUGCGCUGUUUGAGAAACCGUCAGCAAAACUGUAAAGACUUUGUUGGAACAUACCAAGGUGUUGACAAAAAAAAUGGCUUUGAGACUCAAGGUGGUUAUGCCUCCCACAUAAGAGUUAAUUCUGAUUUUGUUUUCAGAAUUCCUGACCAAUUAGAUUCUACCAUUGUAGCUCCUUUGCUGUGUGGGGGUAUUACGGGAUUCAAGCCACUAAUUACAGGCGAAGUGAAGCAAGGAAGUAAGGUAGGAGUAAUCGGAGUGGGGGGCAUAGGGCACAUGUCCAUCCUCUUUGCUAAGGCCUUAGGUGCUGAAGUGACGGCGAUAUCGAGAUCUAACCGUAAAAAAGAGGAUGCUCUAAAGUUGGGGGCUGACCACUUCGUGGCUACUGCAGAAAAGGGCUCAUUAGAUAGUCACGUCGAUACGCUUGAUCUACUCGUCAUGACGGCGUCAUCGUUCUCCGAAAGUGAUAUCGAUCAAACGCUGUCUUUAUUGGUAGCAGGUGGCCGUGCCAUUUUUAUCACUAACCCACCAGCUCAAGAGAAACUCACGCUUACCCCACCAACUAUGCUUAGCAAUGAGUAUCACAUUGGAGGAUCUGCAAUUGGCUCACCCCAUGACAUUGAAUACAUGCUGAAGCUUGCAGCCGAGAAGCAAAUCAAGCCUUGGGUACAGACAGUAGAUAUUAAUGAGGAGAGCGUGUCUGACGUGUGGAAAAAGAUGGUAAAGGGUGAUGUCAGAUAUCGGUACGUUUUCACGGGUUAUGACAAAUAUUUUAAGUAG